CAUGAUAGCUUCUACAUGACGACUAAGACCUUGUUAGUUCUAUUUCAAAUUAUGGGAGUGAUGCCGAUAAUGAGAGUGCCUAAAGACAGUAAAACUACAAAACGUACAACAUUUAACUGGAUCUCGAAGGCAACUUUAUGGGCGUAUCUAGUGUGGAGUUUAGAAUGCAUUAUAGUCGUUAAAGUUGGCAGGGAGAGAUUGACAAAUUUCCAAGAUAAUUCAAACAAGCGAUUCGACGAAGUGAUCUACAAUAUAAUAUUUCUGAGUAUUCUCAUUCCGCACUUCCUUUUGCCGAUUGCGUCAUGGCGCCACGGUUCAGAAGUCGCCAUCUUUAAAAACAUGUGGACUCAUUAUCAGCUAAAAUACUUAAAAAUUACGGGAACGCCAAUAAUUUUUCCCAACCUUUAUUCAUUAACUUGGGCUCUCUGCAUAUUUUCAUGGACGUUAAGCAUUGCUGUUAUACUAUCCCAACAUUAUCUACAGGACGACUUUGAACUUUGGCAUUCGUUCGCUUACUAUCACAUCAUUGCGAUGUUGGAUGGAUUCUGUUCAUUAUGGUACAUAAACUGCAAUGCUUUCGGAACUGCCUCAGAGGGUUUGGCAACAAACUUACACAGAGCACUCAAGGCGGAGCAUCCUGCUUUGAAACUAGCUCAAUAUCGACAUCUGUGGGUGGACUUAUCUCAUAUGAUGCAACAGCUAGGGCGAGCGUAUUCGAAUAUGUACGGUAUUUAUUGCAUGGUUAUUUUCUUCACGACAAUAAUUUCCCUCUACGGUUCUCUUUCCGAGAUAUUAGAGCACGGCCUCAGUUAUAAGGAAAUGGGAUUAUUUGUUAUAGUCGGCUACUGCAUGACCCUUCUUUUCAUCAUAUGUAAUGAAGCGUACCACGCCUCAAGAAAGGUGGGAUUAGAGUUCCAAGUUCGCUUGUUGAACGUCAAUUUGGGAGCAAUAGACCGAAGUGCACAACGCGAAGUUGAAAUGUUUCUAGUAGCUAUUGCCAAAAAUCCACCCAUUAUGAAUCUAGACGGCUUCACUAAUAUUAAUCGUGAACUUUUUACAGCGAACAUAUCGUAUAUGUCUACAUAUCUGAUUGUACUAAUGCAGUUUAAGUUAACGUUGCUGAGGCAAGGCACAAGAAGGGCAAUAAAAGCAAUCGUUAAUACAAUUUUUAAUAUGACGACUACAGCAAGCGAUGAUGAUAUGAACAGCGAUUAG